GACGCCUGUGAGCAGGUUGUUUUUAUGAGAGGCGUCACUGCUCUUGGAGUUCUGACCGCCGCCGCCGCGCCAGCCAGCGCCGUCGGGCGGAGGUGGCGCUGCCCCUUCAGACCCGAAAAAUGUCUGAGAACUCCAGUGACAGUGAUUCAUCUUGUGGUUGGACUGUCAUCAAUCAUGAGGGGUCUGAUAUAGAGAUGGUGAAUUCUGAACAUGGUGCAGCUAGUGACAGCUGUGAGCCCACUCCAGAAUGUGCAUCUUUAUCACAGGAGAAGCUGCAAGAAUUGCAGUUAGAGCAGGGAGAGAGCAGCCAAAAUGGCACAGUGUUACUGGGAGGAGCUACUUACCCUGCUUUGGAGGAAAUGAAGUCAGCACUUGAGGGAGAGGAAGAAAAGUUACGUGAUGACAAUCUCUAUUUUGGAACUGUCAGUGAUGAUUCUGAUAUUGUUACACUUGAGCCACCUAAGUUAGAAGACAUUGGAAAUCAAGAAGAAGCAAUAAUUAUUAAAGAAGCAGAGAGUCCAGAAGACUUUAACAUGGGCUCUUCCUCUAGCAGCCAGUAUACAUUUUGUCAGCCAGAAACGGAAAGAUGGUGGGAGAAGCUGUGGAAGAUUCCUGAAUUCAUAAGGGGAUGGGAUGAUCAGCUGAAACACCACGUUCCUAGCCAACUCACUUUCCAAGUAUUUUCAUCUCAGCCUAGUGAUGACGAAUCAAGUAGUGACGAAACCAGCCAUCAGCCCAGUCCGACCUUCAGACGACGUCGUGCCAGAAAGAAGACUGUGUCUAGUUCAGAAUCUGAAGAAAGGCUACUUGCUGAACAAGAGCCUGAACCCCCUCAGGAGCUAUGUAAACGGCAGUUCAGUAGUGGUCUCAAUAAAUGUGUUAUACUUGCUUUGGUGAUUGCAAUCAGCAUGGGAUUUGGACAUUUCUAUGGUAAACGUGGAGGUAACAAAGGAGAAGGCACAAUUCAGAUUCAGAAGCGUCAACAGUUAGUCAAAAAGAUACAUGAAGAUGAAUUGAAUGAUAUGAAGGAUUAUCUUUCCCAGUGUCAACAGGAACAAGAGUCGUUAAUAGAAUAUAAGUCAUUGAAGGAAAACCUUGCAAGGUGUUGGACCCAUACUGAAGCAGAGAAGAUGUCCUUUGAAACUCAGAAAAAGAACCUUGAUACAGAAAAUCAGUAUCUAAGAACAUCUCUGGAGAAGGAAGAAAAAGCUUUGUCUUCAUUACAGGAAGAGUUAAGGAAAUUAAGAGAACAGAUUAGGCUAUUAGAAGAUAAAGGGACAAGCACUGAAUUAGUUACAGAAAAUCAGAAACUUAAGCAGCAUUUGGAAGAAGAAAAGCUGAAAACGCACAGUUUCCUUAAUCAAAGGGAGACUCUGUUGGCAGAAGCAAAGAUGCUCAGGAAGGAACUGGAAAGAGAACGACUAAUAACCAUGGCUUUAAGGGUAGAACUCCAACAGCUAAGCUCCAGUCACUCAUAUGGCAACUCAGACUCGGCCGGUGUAGUGACUGAGAAAAAGGAAAUAGAAAUGUUACGGGAAAGACUCACUGAGCUGGAGCGCAAGCUAACCUUUGAACAACAGCGUUCUGAUUUGUGGGAAAGACUGUAUGUUGAAGCAAAAGAUCAAAAUGAGAAACAAGAAACUGAUGGAAAAAAGAAAGGGAACAGAGGAAACCACAGAGCUAAAAAUAAAUCAAAGGAAACAUUUUUGGGUUCUGUUAAGGAAACAUUUGAUGCAAUGAAGAAUUCUACUAAGGAGUUUGUGAGGCAUCAUAAAGAAAAAAUUAAACAGGCUAAAGAAGCUGUAAAAGAAAAUCUGAAAAAAUUCUCAGAUUCAGUUAAAUCCACUUUCAGGCAUUUUAAAGAUACCACCAAGAACAUCUUUGAUGAAAAAGGCAAUAAAAGAUUUGGUGCUACAAAAGAAGCCACAGCUAAAAAGCCAACAACAUUUAGUGAAUAUUUCCAUCCACAGUAUAAGGCACGUACACAAAACCAGAAUAGCAGAGGCCCUACUAUGCAGAGAGAGGGAAGGAAAGAAAAGCCUCAUUUUGAAGAAUUUGGAAAAAAUACAAAUUCACAGAAAUGCAGUGCUGAGCAUGACUGUGGUGGAAAUUAUAAUUCUUUCAGAAAGGCUUGUUCUGGUGUAUUUGAAUGUGCUCAACAGGAAUCUAUUAACCUUUUUAAUGUUAAAAUGUUGAAUCCUGUAAGGAUAGAUGAAUUUAGACAGUUAAUUGAAGGGUAUUUAUUAGAAAAACUGGAUAGUUUUCAUCAUUGGAAAGAACUUGAUCACUUCAUCAAUAAGUUUUUCCUAAAUGGUGUCUUUAUACAUGAUCAGAAGCUCUUCACUGACUUUGUUAAUGAUGUUAAAGAUUAUCUUAAAGACAUGAAAGAAUAUCAAGUAGAUAAUGAUGGCGUAUUUGAGAAGUUGGAUGGAUAUAUAUAUAGACACUUCUUUGGUCACACCUUUUCCCCUCCAUAUGGACCCAGUCGACCAGAUAAAAAGCAACGUAUGGUAAAUAUUGAAAGCUCCAGGCAUCGAAAACAAGAGCAGAAGCACCCUCAGCCACAACCUUAUAAAAGGGAAGGUAAAUGGCAUAAAUAUGGUCGCACUAAUGGAAGACACAUGGCAAACCUUGAAAUAGAAUUGGGGCAGUUACCUUUUGAUCCUAAAUAUUGACCAUUACAACUAAGUUAAAUUAGAAAACUGUAACAGAAACUUGGAUGCUUUCUUUACUGUUUGGUGUUGAAACUAAGAUGAAAUUAUCAAGAUAACAAUGUCUUUUUAUCAUUUCUAAGUAUAGUUUGAUGAUUUUAUAUUAUUACUCAGAAGUAUCAAGCAAAAGCUUACUAACUUGCAUUUUCCUGUAGUUUAGCUUUGCUGAAUUUUUUUUUUUGGCACUGGAAAUGUUCCACUGUAGUUUUAUUAAGGAAGCCAAGCAUGCAACACAUUCUGUGCAUGAAAUGAGACUUCCUUUCAGUGUAUGAGCUUAAAGCAAGUUCAAAUCAUACAUGACAAAGUGUAAUUAACACUGAUAUUUGUGUUAAAUUUCGAGUAGAGCUUGAAGAAAAAGUACAUUGUGAUGGAAUUUCAUCUUUAACAUUUUAUAACCUUACACUUGCUUCUUGUCUUUUUGUGGGUUCAAGAGCCCGUUGAUUUGUGAAGAAUUUGCUGCCUUCUUAUGAACUUGCUGACUUGUUCUCUUGUGAAAUUUCUUGCACAUCUGAAUACUGUGGAAGAAACAAUAAAACUACACCAUGAGGAAAACUAAA